CUUGGCGGUUAGUCGCCGGACGAGGAGAAGCACGCGCGGAGACCGGCUCUCGCGCUGCAGACAUGUGGCUGCUGGGGGCGGCGCUGUGCCUGCUGGGGGCGGCGGGCCCUGCGGCGGCGGCGCGAAGCAGCGUGAUCCUGACGCCGCCCUACUUCAACCUGGCCGAGGGCAGGCGGGCAACUGCGUCCUCCACGUGCGGGGAAGGGGUCGAGGGCCCGGAGCUGUACUGCAAGCUGGUGGGCGCAAACGCGGACGGCUCAGACGUCAACAUCAACCUUAUACAGGGCCAGGUGUGCGACUACUGCGACCCCGGCUCGCCCGACAAGCGCCACCCGGCGGAGUACGCCGUGGACGGGGCCGAGACGUGGUGGCAGAGCCCCCCGCUGUCCCGGGGCUCCAAGUACAACGAGGUCAACCUCACCAUCGACCUGGGCCAGGAGUUCCACGUGGCGUACGUGUUCAUCAAGAUGGCCAACGCCCCGCGCCCGGGCGUCUGGGUGCUGGAGAGGUCGGUGGACAACGGCCAGACCUUCCAGCCGUGGCAGUUCUUCGCCGACUCCCUCGGCGACUGCGAGAAGUUCUUCGGAAGCAACAGCCUGCAGCCAAUCACGCGGGACGACUCCGUGGUGUGCGAGACGCAGUACUCCAAGAUCGUGCCCUUGGAAGGCGGUGAGAUCGUGGUGUCGCUGCUGAACAACCGGCCGUCGGCCAACGACUUCUUCAACUCGACGGUGCUGCAGGAGUGGACCCGGGCCACCAACAUCAGGCUGCGUCUGCUGCGGCACAAGACCUUCCUGGGACACCUGAUGUCGGUGAUGCGGCAGGACCCCACCAUCACCCGCAGGUACUUCUACUCCAUCAAGGACAUCAGCAUCGGGGGCCGGUGCGUGUGCAACGGGCACGCGGACACCUGUGACAUCACGGACCCCGAGGACCGCUUCAAGCUGCUGUGCCGCUGCCAGCACAACACGUGCGGCGCCAACUGCGACCGCUGCUGCCCGGGCUUCCAGCAGAAGGCCUGGCGCAUCUCCAACAGCAACAAGCGCUUCAUCUGCGAGCCGUGCAACUGCUUCGGCCACACGGAGGAGUGCGAGUACGACCCGGAGGUGGACGCCCGCCGGCAGUCCCUGGACAUCCACGGAAACUACGAGGGCGGCGGCGUGUGCCGCAACUGCCGAGACAACACCGAGGGCACCAACUGCGACCGCUGCCAGGCGGGCUUCUUCCGGCCGUACGGCAAGCUGCUCAACGAGACGGACGUAUGCCAGCCCUGCGACUGCAACAACCGCUUCGUGACGGGCAACUGCGCGGAGGGCAGCGGGCGGUGCGAGUGCCGGCCCGAGUUCACGCCCCCCGGCUGCGACAGCUGCAGCUUCGGCCACUUCGGCUACCCCGAGUGCCGGCCGUGCGAGUGCCACGUGAACGGCACGCGCGGGUCCUACUGCGAGGCGGAGGGCGGGCGCUGCCCCUGCAAGGAGAACUACGCCGGCGACUUCUGCAACCGGUGCGGCGAGGGCUUCUACGACUUCCCCAAGUGCCUGGCGUGCGCCUGCAACCCUCAAGGCUCCCUGCAGGACGCGUGCGACGUCCUCACGGGACAGUGCGCCUGCAGGAACAACUUCGCCAACCGCAGCUGCGACGUGUGCCAGGACGGCUACUACGGAUACCCGGGGUGCUCCUACUGCAGCUGCGACGUGCGCGGCACGGAGGCCGGCGUGUGCGACAAGCGCUCGGGCCGCUGCCUGUGCCGGCCGGGCUACGGCGGGGAGCGCUGCGACCGCUGCACCGCGGGCCACUACGGCUACCCCGACUGCCGGCCGUGCGGCUGCAGCGAGGCGGGCAGCACCUCCGGCACCUGCGACGCGUCGGGCCGCUGCCCCUGCCACCCCAGCUUCGCGGGGCGCACCUGCGACCGGUGCAGCCCCGGGUUCCACCUGUACCCUGAGUGCCGCGCGUGCAACUGCGACACGCGGGGCAGCAUCGGCGUCUCGUGCGACGACGACGGCAAGUGCCAGUGCCAGCCCCACUUCGACGGCAGCGCCUGCGACCAGUGCCAGGAGGGCUUCUACAACUUCCCCAUCUGCGAAGAGUGCAACUGCGACCCGGCGGGCGUGGUGGCGAUGUUCGCGGGCUGCGGCUCGCUGCCCCCGGGGGAGCUGUGCCAGUGCAAGGAGCGGGUGGUGGGGCGCAUCUGCGACCAGUGCCGGCCGCUCUUCUGGAACCUGCAGCCGCAGAACCCGCAGGGCUGCGAAGAGUGCGACUGCCACCUGCCGGGCGUGGUGGGCGGCCUGGGCGUGUGCGACACGAGGAGCGGCCAGUGCCUGUGCAAGUCGUCCGUGCGGUCGCGGCGCUGCGACACCUGCGCGGACGGCACCUUCGACCUGCGCGAGGGCAACUUGUUUGGCUGCAGCCACUGCGGGUGCGACGUGGGCGGCUCGGUGGACGGCGUGUGCAACAAGGACUCGGGCCAGUGCGUGUGCCGCCCGCGCGUCAGCGGCCGAGCGUGCCGCGAGCCGCUGCAGGCUCACUACUUCCCCACGCUGUACCAGUUCCAGUACGAGGCGGAGAACGGCCGCACGCGCGCCGGCACGCCGGUGCGGUACGGCUUCGACGAGGCCGUCUUCCCCGGCUACUCGUGGAAGGGCUACGCCGUCUUCUCCCAGCUGCAGAACGAGGUGAUCCAGGACAUCAGCGUGCCGAAGCACUCGAUCUACCGCGUCGUGCUGCGCUACGUGAACCUCAACCCGGACGCCGUGCUGGGCUACGUGCGCGUGACGCCGGAGAACGCUAACGACGGGUCGGAGCAGGGCUUCCAGGUGCUGUUCAGGCCGAGCCGAGCGCCCGCGCUGGUGACCGUGUCGGGCCCCGCGGGCGGCGUGCCGUCGCCCUUCGUCAUGACCAGCGCCGUGUGGACCGUCAGCGUCGCCAGCGAGGGGAACCUCUUCCUGGACUACUUCGUGUUCCUGCCCGACGCGUACUACGAGGCCCCGAUCCUGGUGGAGAAGGUGGAGGCCCCGUGCGAGGCGGGCAGCCGGGGGCUGUGCCGCCACUUCCGCUACCCCAACGUGACCCAGUUCGACGUGGUGCAGGGCGAGGGGGCGUACCUGGCGGAGGGCGACUCCCGGCAGCCCGUGCGGGAGUACCUGCCGCCCGUCCAGGGGCGGGAGCUGGACGGGGCGGGCCGAGACCGCGACAUACCCCUGCUGAGCGCCGACCAGCCGGAGAUCAGCUUCGACCUGCGCAUCACCAAGCCGGGGCCUCACGUGCUGCUCCUGAGCUACGUGACGCCGACGACGACUUCGCGCCCGGUCGGCGGAGGAGGCGCGGCCGCCGUGCAGGUGGACGUGGGCUCCCGCCUGGGGCGCGACGCGGGCCAGGCGCGGCUCGGCGCCUGCCCCUACACCGCGCCGUGCCGCCAGGCCGUGCUGGACCGCCGCGGCCAGGUCGCCGUCUACCGCUUCGACUCCAACUUCGUCAGCGUCGCCCUCAAGGGCGAGCGGGACGCGGAAGUGGCCGUGGAGUCCGUGGUGGCCAUCCCGCUCGCGGAGUGGUCCCUGGACUACCAGCGGCCGCAGCCGGCCUGCGUCCGCAUGGAUGGCAGCUGCAUCCAGGCGGGCUUCGCCACGCCGCCCGACUCCAAGAAGGUUGAGUUUGAGCACGGCAACGAGCUGCGGGUGUCGAGGAUCCAGCCGCGCCUGUUCGACAACAGCACGCGGCUCGUGUACCUGAACCUCAGCGAGCCAAUGAUCGACAUCACGGGCAAGGUGGACAGCCCCGGGUCGUACGUCUUCGUGGUCCACUUCCUGCAACCCGACAACCCGGAGUUCGACUUGGACGUGCUGGUCCACAACGGCCAGAUGUACGAGGCGAAGCUGCCCGUGAAGCACUGCCCCUCCGGCUCGGGCUGCCGCUCCAUCGUCAGGCAGCUGGACGGCAACGCCAACUUCGGCCUCACCGAGAACUUCGUGUUCACGCUGAAGGCCCCGAGGGGCAAGAACGUGUGGCUGGACUACCUGCUGGUGAUCCCGUCCGACAAGUACGCCGCAGGCUUCCUGGAGGAGGCGCCCGUGGACCACACCCGCGCGUUCAUCACCCAGUGCGGCAAGAACCACUUCCACAUCAACGAGACCGACCAAGGUUUCUGCCGCGACGCGGUGUUCUCGCUGACGGCCGAGUACAACAACGGCGCGCUGCCGUGCCACUGCGACUUCGACGGGGCGCUGAGCUUCGACUGCGAGCAGUUCGGCGGGCAGUGCCGGUGCCGGCCCAACGUGAUCGGCCGGCGCUGCGACGCCUGCCGCACCGGCUUCUACGGCUUCCCCGACUGCCGGCCCUGCGACUGCCCGUCCACCGCCUUCUGCGAGACCUCCACGGGGAGGUGCAUCUGCCCCCCGCGCGUCGUGGGCGACCGAUGCGACCAGUGCAUGAACAACACGUACGGCUUUGACCCCAUCAUCGGCUGCGAGGAGUGCGGCUGCGACGUGUUCGGCGUGGCGCGCGGGAAGCUGCAGUGCGACCUCUUCAACGGCAGCUGCCAAUGCAAGCCGAACAUCGUGGGCAGGAGCUGCAGCAUGUGCAAGGCCGGCUUCUGGCAGUUCCCGUUCUGCGAGAAGUGCGAGUGCGACCGGAGAGGCACCACGGACAAGAUCUGCGACCAGAACACGGCGGUGUGCCACUGCAAGGGCAACGUGGACGGCCCGGCGUGCGACGUGUGCAAGGACGGCACCUUCAACCUGCAGGGCAGGAACACCGACGGCUGCACCAAGUGCUUCUGCUUCGGCAAGACCACGCGCUGCGCCAGCUCCUCGCUGUACAAGGCCCAGGUGCGGGAGGUGACCGGCUGGACGCUGCUCGCGGCGAAGGUGGACGCCUCCGCGCUGUUGGAGGAGCCCCUGGCGUCCGCGCCUGACGCGCUCGCCUCGGGCAUCGGCGUGGACCUGACCGCUGACGACGCCCUAGGCAAGGUCGUGUACCUGUCGGCGCCGGCCGCCUACCUCGGCAACAGGCUCACCUCGUACGGCGGCCAGCUCAACUACUCCGUGUACUACACCACGGGGCUGUACGGCGGGGCGGUGGGCGGGGCCGACGUGAUCCUGAAGGGGGCGGGCCUGCACCUCCUCCACUUCUCCGUCGAGCAGCCGGCGGCGUCGCAGCUGUACCUGGCGUCGCUGGACCUGGUGGAGGGGAGCUUCGUGCUGCCCUCGGGCCACCCGGCGACCCGCGAGCAGCUCAUGCAGGCGCUGCAGCGCCUGGAGGGGCUCUACGUGCGGGUCACCUACUGGGAGGACAGCAUCACCACGCGGCUGGCCGGGGUAAGCCUUGACGUGGCGGCGGAGGACUACGACCCCAGCGCGGAGCGCGCUGACGCGGUCGAGACGUGCCUGUGCCCGCCCAACUACCAGGGCCUGUCGUGCGAGGAGUGCGCGCCGGGCUACUACCGCUCCCAGACCGGGCCGCACGGAGGCUUCUGCGUGCCGUGCCAGUGCAACGGCCACGCCGACACGUGCGACCAGGCGACGGGCGUGUGCCUGGACUGCCAGCACAACACGACCGGAGACCACUGCGACGAGUGCGCCAUCGGCUACCACGGCAACGCGACCAACGGGUCGCCACUCGACUGCCUCAUCUGCGCCUGCCCUCUGCCGAUCCCGUCCAACAACUUCGCGACGGGCUGCGACGUGACUCCUGACGGGGAGAGGAUCAGCUGCCACUGCCGCCCCAACUACUACGGCGCCCGCUGCCAGGCCUGCGUCGCCGGCUACUACGGCCGGCCGGAGAUACCAGGGGAGCACUGCCGGCCGUGCGAGUGCUCGGGCAACAUCAACCCGGACGACCCCGGCUCGUGCGACUCGGUGACGGGCGAGUGCCUGCGCUGCCUCAACAACACGUCCGGCGCGGCGUGCAACCUGUGCGCGCCCGGCUUCUUCGGGGACGCAGUCGAGCUGAAGGACUGCCGCAGUUGCCACUGCGACGAGUGCGGCACUCAGCGAUGCGACAGCGCCACCGGCAAGUGCCAGUGCCACCGCCGCGUCAUCGGCGAGAAGUGCGACCGCUGCGAGGUGGAGCACUUCGGCUUCGCGUCCUGCCAGGGCUGCCAGCCGUGCGACUGCCAGCUGGGCUCGGAGAGCGCGGAGUGCGACGAGGCCACGGGCCAGUGCCGCUGCAAGCCGGGCGUGUCCGGCCGGACGUGCGACCGCUGCGCGGCUGGCUUCUGGAACCUGGGGCCGUACGGCUGCACCACGUGCGGGUGCAACACGGAGUACUCGAUCGGCUUCGGCUGCAACCCGGCGACGGGCCAGUGUGAGUGCCUGCCCGGCGUGGUGGGGGAGAAGUGCGACCACUGCCCGCACCGCUGGGUGCUGCUGCCCGACCAGGGCUGCUUCGAGUGCGACAGCUGCUCCGGGGACCUGCUGGACGUGACGGACCGCCUGGCCCGAACGCUCGGCCCCGUCAUGGUGGACUUCGAGAGCGUGGCGCAGGGCUACUUCACCAACCAGCGGCUGGUGUACAUCAACCGCACGGCGGACGAGCUGGCGCCGCUGGUGAACCGGCUGGAGCCGAGCGAGGUGGACCUGCGGCCGGUGACCCAGGAGCUGGAGAGCCUGGAGCAGGACGCCCGCAGCCUGCACCGCCAGGCGGAGUUUGCGGCGGAGAACGGGCAGCUGUACGCCCCGAAGGGCCAGCUGGCCUCGGACAGCGCCCUGGACGUGGAGGAGCAGGCCCAGAAGGCAGCGCAGUUCAGCAGCGACGUCGUGGACGAGAUAGGCUCCUUCGCGUCCGGCCUGGAGGUGGGGGACGGCACGCACAUCGACGCGGCGCUGCGCGAGGCGCAGGAGAUCCUGGAGCAGAUCCAGCGCCGCGACUUCUCGCGGCGGGCGGAGGCCGCCGACGGGGAGCUGCUCCGGGCCAACGAGACGCUCGCCAAGAUGCAGGAGUUCUCGGCGCCGGUGCGCGACCAGAGCGCGGCGUUCGCGGCCCUGCGCGACAAGAUACGGCAGUUCGACGACAAGCUGGAGGACCUGCAGGCGCACGGCCGCGACUCCGUGGAGAAGGUGGCGUUCGCGCAGGGCUUCAACGACGACAACCGGAACUCGAAGGUGGUGGGCAAGGUGAACACGGCGAAGGCGCUCACGCAGGAAGCCAACUCCACGCUGAGGCGGGCCGAGGUGCUGAUCAAGAACGCCUCGCUGUACCUCGACGAGGCGGGGCAGACACUGGAGGACCUGUACUCUGCGGCGCGCGGCUGCCGGCUGAUCAGCGCGCAGCUCAACGACUCGUACAACGACAAGGAGCGGGAGCUUUCGACCUUGACCACGCCGGUCAUGGAGGCGGAGCUCCACGCCCAGAACCUCACCGUCAGGGCCACGGAGCUGGACAACAUCCUGCUGGUGUCGCGCAACACGUCGCACGAGGCCCUCAAAGCCGCCAACGCCUACAAGGACAUAGUCGGCGCCAUAGAGGAGGCGCUGAAGGCGGCCGGCGAUGCCGGCGCCGCCGCCCAGGAAGCUGUCGACCGGUCGCAGGGCCUGGACGGACGGUCGGGCGAGUCCCAGGCGCGCUCCACGGAGCUGCUGGAGGAAGCGCGGUCCGUGCUGGACGAGGCGCGGCGUGACCUGGGCCCGCGUCUCGCCGGCGCCGAGGCAGCCGUCGCUGGUGUGCGGAACCUCACCGCCCGGGGGCGCGAGGGAGACCAGGCCAUCAACAGGUUCCUGGGGAGGGUGUCGGACCAGAGCGUGGAGCCGGUGACGCAGCAGGCGGUGGCGGACGCGGAGGAGGCCCGGAGCAUCGCGCGGGACUCGGCGGACGCCGCGCUGGGCGCCGCGCAGCGCCUGCCCGAGGACCUGAAGCGGGCCCGCCAGCUGCCCAAGGACAAGGACAUGACGGCCAAGGCCAUCCAGCAGGCCAACAGCCAGAUCGAGAAAGUGAACACGGUCGUCCCUGACAUCGACUCGUUGAUGCAGCAAGUGGGGGAGAAGCAGUCGAAUCUCGAGCGGCUCGGCAGAGACGUCAAGAGUCAGAUCGAUCAGCUCAAGGAGAAGGUGGCUCUGGCGAGGCAGCUGGCUAACAGGAUCGAGGUGGGGCUGACGUUCUACCGCAACACGUCGCUGCAGCUCAAGAACCCGGACAACCUGCCCCAGCUCGGCACGUCCUCCAAGGUGUCCCUGUACUUCCGCACCGGCGAGACCAACGGGCUGCUGCUGUACCUGGGCAACGAGAUCAGCACCACGUGGAAGGUCAAGCGCGCUCGCACGGAUGACUUCCUGGCUCUGGAGAUAGAGAAUGGAUUCCCGGUGCUCACCGUGGAUCUCGGAUCCGGGCCACAGAGGAUCAUCAGCAGUAAAUUUGUGGCCGACAACGUCUGGUACCAGGCAAUCAUUGAACGGACGGGCAAGAACGUGCGGCUGGUGAUCCGGGAGGAGGUGUCCGGCGGCAAGGAGCGCCUGCACGUGAAGGAGCAGGUGCUGCCCGGCACGCUGUCCAUCCUGAACCUGGACCGGGAGCACUCGUCGCUGUUCCUGGGCGGCUACCCGCCCGACGCCAACGUGCAGGGGGCCGUCAAGUACUCGUCCUUCCAGGGCGAGAUGGAGGGGCUGCAGGUGGGCGACGCGCCCGUGUCCCUGUGGAACUUCGUGGACGGCGCCAACAACCAGAACGGUGCCAAGGAGAGGGACAAGCUGGUGAACCUGCAGCCCAGCACAGGCCUGCGAUUCGACGGGACCGGCUACGCCAUCAUGCCGAGCCGCUCGUACAGCCUCCGCCUGCGCUCCAGCGUGCAGCUCAACUUCUCGACCACGGCCGCCAGCGGCUUGCUGUUCCUGGCGGGCAAGGGGCGCUCCUCCUACCUGUCCGUGGAGCUGGACCAGGGCCGCGUCGUGUACCGGUUCAACCUGGGCAAGGGGGAGCUGGCACUGACGACGGCGGGGACCUACAACGACGGGCGCUGGCACGCGGUGGACGCGGCGCGGCAGGGCGCCAAGGGCGUGCUGACGGUGGACUCGGGCGACCGCCAGGACGGGGCGGCGCCCGGGGGCGACAAGGCGGCGCUGCACGUCUCGCCCAGCCUGUACUUCGGGGGCUACCCGGGCCGCCACAACUACCGCACCGUCAGCAACGUGGACUUCGAGGGCUGCGUGGACAGCGUUGCCAUCAGCGGGGCGCUGGUCGACCUCAGCCAGAACAUGCAGGCGGUGGGCGCGGCCCCGGGCUGCCCCGCCCAGGUGGCUAGCCUGGUGGCGUUCGAGGACCGGGCGCCGGGCUACGUCCUGUGGCCCAACGCGUCCGCCAACAACUUCUUCCAAGUGAACUUCAAGUUCCGCACGUCGGCCGGCUCCGGGCUGAUCUUCUACGCGACAGACGCCGACCAGAGCCUGGCCGUGUCGCUGUCGCUGGUGGACGGCGGCCUGUCCUUCCGCAGCGUGGGCGAGGAGCUGGCCAGCAGCCCCGCGACGCUGUACAACGACGACGAGUGGCACGUGGUCACCGCGACCCACGACACGGGCGCCCUCCGCCUGGACAUCGACGACUUCGACACCUUCCAGACGGACUCAGCGCCCCCCAUGCUGCAGUUCCUGUACGGCCGGCUGUACUUCGGGGGGCUGCCCAACGCGGCGGAGGCCCGCGGCCCGGGCGCGGCGUUCGCCCCGUUCGUCGGCUGCCUCGGCGACGUCACCGUCAACGGGGCGUUCGUCAACUUCGCCAACGUGACGGAGAGGGUGGGCGCGGUCCUGGGCAGGUGUCCGUCGGAGGCGCAGCCGGCGCCCGCCGGCCCGACGGCCCCGACGAUCCCGGAUGAGGACGAGGAGGAGGGGGUGGAGGAGGAGGAGAAGGAGACCACCGUCCCCGUCACAGCGCCAGUUCCAGCCACGACCCCGUCUACCACGCCACGCAUCACGGCGCGGCUGGAGACGACCCCGGAGACCACGACGCCGGCCCUCCCGGAGCCCGCCCCCACGCCCGCCGGCCGCUGCGUCCUGCCCAUCCCGCCCGCGACCGACCCCCACGUGGACGGCGUCAGGUUCGGGACCGUGUUCGCCAGUCGGCUGGAGUACGCGGACGUGGCGGCGGUCAAGUACAAGAACAAGUACAGGAUCUCGCUGGACUUCAAGACCCACUCGGGGGAGGGGGUGCUGCUGUACGUCGUGGGACACAAGAACAUCGACUUCGUGGCGCUGUACCUCAGCGACGGGCACGUGCACUACGGCUACAACCUGGGCUCGGGCCCCGCGCUGCUGACCAGCCCCGGCCGCUACGACGACGGCGCCUGGCACACGGUGGAGCUGGCACGGCAGCAGCUGCACGGCACGCUGUCCCUGGAUGGCGCGGUCGUGGCCAAGGGAGACUCCAAGGCCCCGGCCAAGACCCUGAACCUGGUCAGCCCCUUCUACCUGGGCAGUGCGCCCCCCAGCGGCAACCUCAGCCUCGUGGCCAAGAUCCACAUGAAGGGCAUCAACGGCACGUUUGAGGGCUGCAUGAAGGACGUGAGGCUGGGCGGGGAGCCCAUAGGCGAGCCCACCUCCUCGCACGGCGUGGUGCCGUGCUCGGACCGCGUGGAGCCCGGCGCGUACUUCUCCGAGCAGGGCGGCUACGUCAAGGCCUACAACAAGUUCACCGUGGGCCUGGACACAGUCAUCUCGAUGGACAUAAAGCCGCGCAACACGUCGGGCCUGCUGCUGUCCGUGCACGGCAGGCACGACUACCUGCUGCUGCAGAUGGUGAACGGGGUCAUCAAGUUCUCGGUGGACAACGGCAAGGGCGCCAUCUCGGCCUCCUUCGACACCCAGGACGAGUUCCACCUGUGCGACGGCCGCUGGCACAACAUCGAGGCCAUCAAGACCAAGAACGUGGUGACGCUGUCCGUGGACAAGGUGCAGGUGGGCCCCUUCAUCGGCAUCCCCACCUCGUCGUCGGCGGAGACGCGCAACCCGCUGUUCGUGGGCGGCCACCCGCGCCGCCUGGCGCGCCGCACCGUGCGCGGGCUGGAGACGCGCCAGCAGUUCACCGGCUGCAUCGCCAACGUGUUCAUCAACGGCCGGCGCGAGCCGCUGCCCAGCCAGGUGGCCGUCGGGAACGUCACCAGCAGCGUCUGCCCCACCAUCUGAGGGGGCAGACCUCGCCUGCACAGUGUCUUGUACACCUCAUGCAUUCCCUUCAUUUCGUUCUUUGCUACGUAUGUAUGGUUCAAAGUAAUAAAAACACUUUUCCAAAACAAUAAGUAACGAAGAGAACAUGUUCGACAGUCAUAUGAUGUAACAGAUUGUAACAUAACUGAAUAUAGGGACAUUUCAGCUGACUGUUUACAAUUGUGUUUUCGUAUCAGUGUUUCAAUUUAUUUCAUUAAAAAAAAGUGUGUCUGUUUUUUUUCAAUUUUUACAACUUUCGUGUAUUUUUUUAGUAAUAAAUGAAUAUAGCUCUAUGAAUUUUA